AUGGACGAUACCAGCUGUCCUUCGGAAAACCCUGAGACGUAUGGUCUCGGAAUUCGGCUCGGGUUUUAUCUUCAGUGGCUUGCAGGUGCUUUUGCAGCCGUUCUCCGUGUGAAAGCCGAUGUUGGUCCCAUCCGAUUCGGACUCUUAGCAUUCACCAUUGCCACACUGAUAGCUGUCAUUGUUCAGACGUCCACCUCAGACAUUCCGAUGAUUGACAUAUACGUUCCGAUGCUUCUUUGCUUUGGCUACUUCUACAUGUUUAUCCCUAUAUCUGCCUGGAGGAUCAUCAGCUGCUGCGAUCCAACGUUAGACCCUACCAAAUGGACGCUUGUCAUCGCCAGUGCAGAGUUCGAUAUAACUCAGCAGUCUCUGUUGCUAGCCGUGUCUGGGUUCAAGCUGUGGUUCUGGACAACUAAAGUAUCAUCGGCAAAGAAUCCAGAGUGUCCAGAAUUCGGGUUUCUUUUUUGUCGUGUGAAUCUUAAUGCUCUUGUUCUCAGAGCCAUUAAUAUAGAUCUUGAUGGAUGGAUGACCUGUUUCUGUAUUGUCCGCCUUGUUGCCGCCAUUUCAUGGUUUCUUGAGGGGAAAUUGUGGGUUAUAAUUCCCAUAGGGGGAAUAACUGGAAUACCUGGUGCAGCGCCACAGGGCCUCGGGCAAAUUCCUGUUGACAAACUCAGGUAUUUGGUUUGGGUAGGUGCGUUUAGGUUGUUCACGUCAGUUGUGGUCAUAGCCGCGACAGAACUCACGAUACAAUGGAACCCCCACAGAGGGAUGUCGAUAAGGCCUGCAGAGUAUCCGCUAGCCCACACCAGGAGGCAGGGUGAGGAAAUGCAUCUUUACACCUGGCGGGACCAGCGGGCCCCUGGAGUCCAGGACUGGUAUCUCGACAAUGCCGCGAGAGUUUUUAAGGACUUCAUGCCCUAG